CUGGUGGUGCCCUACGCCGUCGGGACGCUCUACAGCCACCCUGUCGAGGCGGUGUUCGACACGGUGGGUGGGGGCGUCGCGUUCAUCCUCUCCGGGAUGACGCCCCGGACGUCGGUGUUCUUCUUCAGCUUCCACAUCGUCAAGACCGUGGACGACCACUGCGGGAUGCUGCUGCCGUGGAACGUGGUGCCUAGGGUUUUCUACAACAACGCGGCGUACCACGACGUGCACCACCAGCUGCAAGGGAGCAAGUAUAACUAUUCGCAGGCGUUUUUCUCGAUCUGGGAUAGGGUUUGCGGGACGCAUAUGCCGUAUGUGGUUGUGAAGCGAGAUGGAGGCGGGUACGAGGCUAGGUUGGUUAGGAAAGUGGGUUAA